AUGGGGAGUACCAGCAAGGCUGCCAGCUUGUGGAAACGGCGACAGAGUCUCUUCCCCAACUACAAAGUUGCAGAUUCGGAUCUGAAUCGAAGACCAUCGCAGACUGCUUACCCACUGGCCAAGGAAAGCUGCUUGAAGACAUGGAACUCCAUGCAGGAGCUGAGCAGGGACAUCUACGACAUCUACGCAGAGUACGAUGACGAGAACGAGGACAACGCCCUGUACGGCUUCUCCAAGCAGAUUUCACCUUCCAAGAGGAACUACAUGAUCAACAUCAAUGUAGGGGGGAAGUCAUACCAGAUAGCCUACAAGAUGGCUGCCAAGUACCCCAAGACCAGAAUAGGACGACUGGCCACUUACACUGACCACAACAUGAAGCUGGACCUGUGCGAUGACUACAUUGUGACCGACAACGAGUACUUCUUUGACAGGGACCCGGACGUCUUCCACAGCAUCUUCAACUUCUACAGGACUGGCGUGCUGUGGAUCAAGGACGAGCUGUGUCCCCGCAACUUCCUGGAGGAAAUCAACUACUGGGGUGUGAGGAUCAAGAACACCCAUCGCUGCUGCCGCAUCUCCUUUGAGGAGAGGCAGGACGAGCUGAACGAUCAGCUGAAGAUCCAGAGGGAGCUGGAGGCUGAGGUGGAGAUCGAGGAGAACGAGGAGCUGUUUCACGACAUGUGCAUGGGCCGGAUGCGACGAGCCAUCUGGAACCUGAUGGAGAUGCCGUUUUCGUCUAUUCAGGCCAAGUUAAUGGCUCUGGCCUCCAGCCUGUUUGUCCUGAUCUCGCUGGUGGCCAUGACGCUCAACACAGUGGAGGAGAUGCAGUACAGAACUGCCAAAGGUCAGCUCAGUGGCAAGACGUACUGGGAAUAUGUGGAGUCCAUGUGCAUCGCCUUCUUCGCCAUGGAGUACCUGCUUCGUCUGGUGUCCACUCCUGACAUCAAGUCCUUCAGCAGGAGCGUGCUCAACACCGUGGACCUGGUCGCUAUCCUGCCCCAGUACCUGCAGGCCAUCCUGGAAUUCUUCGACAGUGAGGAAAACUACAUGAAGCACGAGGCCGACAUGCAGGCGAUGGGGCAGGUGGGGAAGCUGGGCCAAGUGCUGAGGAUCAUGAGGCUGAUGAGAAUCUUUCGCAUCUUGAAGCUGGCACGACACUCCACGGGCCUGCGCGCGUUUGGCUUCACUCUGCGACAGUGCUACCAGCAAGUGGGCUGCCUCUUCCUCUUCAUCGCCAUGGGCAUCUUCAGCUUCUCUGCCAUGGUUUACACUGUGGAGCAUGACAUGCCAAACACAAACUUCACCAGCAUUCCUCAUGCAUGGUGGUGGGCUGCUGUCAGCAUCUCCACUGUGGGCUACGGAGACGUCUACCCAGAGACCAUACUUGGUCGUAUCUUCGCCUUCGUCUGCAUCGCUUUUGGAAUCAUUCUCAACGGCCUGCCCAUAUCCAUCCUCUUCAACAAGUUCUCGGACUAUUACGCUAAACUCAAGUCUAAUCAGUACACAGCCUCCUCGAAGAAUCGAGGGAGGGUGAGAUUUGCCAAUAGGACGGUGAUGAAGCUCAACCACUGGUUCAGCCAUCGUCCUGCUCACUGAUGAACUUAGUUACUUUUUAUAUGUGUAAAAAUAAGCUUGUCUGUAAAACUGCAAAAACUACAUUUGAUGUGCACAAAUACAUGUUACAGAGACUGAAAACAAGGUGUGGCCAGUGUUCUGCCCGUGUGUUGUGGCCCUCUUUGUUGUUGGGCAGCCAGUGAGGGAUCACAUAGGCACAUGGCUGUCAAAUAUUUCCGAAGCCAAAUGUGGAGAACAAGUGGAAGCAGUAUGACUGAAUGAUCUCUUAAAACAUUUACUUUUCUAUACAGAAAAUAUAUUUUUUCUUACUUAAUAGUAAGAAGCAUGAAAAAGAAAGACUCUCUAUCUCAAGAGAGGAUAUAUCUCAAAAAUGAGAAAUAAUAAAAUUGGGAUUGUAGCAACACAACAAAAAGUAAUUUCUUUUAAUGACAAAACUCUUUAACCUUGUAUGUUAAACAGUUUGAGUCCAUCAUUAUAACUGAUCCUCACACAAAAUAUGUCUUAAAGAUUGUAUCUGUAACACUGCAUCAUAUAGGUAUCAGAGAGAAUUUUGGGGAAACCUGUAUAAAAUGAUGUCUUCCCAAUUGUGUUGCCUGUUAAAGUCAACUUGUCAAUGUUUCAUAAUAAACCUGAAAUAUUUUCAUACUUAACACACGUGUAUAUUUCAAUCAGAUCAAAUGGUGUAGCAGCACACAUGGAAUCUUGUGUUUUUAUUAUUCCGUAUGUCUCUAAGUACGUGUGAUGCUGCUGCAGUCAAGUUGUGAAAUCUUUCUUUCGAACUAAAUGUGUUUUCGAAAUCCUCCUCGUGAAUCUGAUCUCCAAAGUGAAAAUCUGUCUUAUUAUCAACAUCCUGGUGUUUACUGUGAGGAAGUCUGUGUCACAAGGAAAUUUGUGGAGAUGCUUUUUUUAACACCACAUCAGCUCAGAGAAUAGAGAUUUUUACUGAUAUACAUUAUAAAUCGGAAAAAAUACAGAUACACGCAACAAAUAUUAGUUGCUUCUAAUUGCAGCUGCAAUUCUUUGAAUCAGGACAAACCUCCAGACACUGGUGCUUUCACGUGUUUUCAGUGGUUUUGCAUGCACAAUGUAUGUUGUUACUCUGUUGUCAAUAAACACUGUACUGCUCA